ACCUUACAUAUAUCGAAAAGCAGGGAAAUCAAAGCCAAGCAUAUUGUGAGCAAAUGGAUAUUCUCUUGCUUUCUAUUUCAUUCUUUCUACUCUCUGUCGUAUUUGCCUUCAAAUUUCUGCUUCGACCCCGUUGGUUAAACCUCCCUCCAACCCCACUUUUUUGGCUUCCAUUAAUAGGCCAUCUUCAUCUCCUCAAACAUCCAGUCCAUCGAACACUUCAAAACCUCUCCCAAAAAUAUGGCCAUGUCUUCUCUCUCCGAUUUGGUUCCCGUCUCGUUGUCGUUGUUUCCUCUCCCUCCGCUGUUCAAGAAUGCUUUACAAAGAACGAUAUCAUUCUCGCAAAUCGACCUUUGUUGGAAAGUGGAAAGUACUUAGGAUACAAUCAUUCCAGCAUUGGACUCUCCCCUUACGGUGAACAGUGGCGAAACCUCCGCCGUAUUGGCUCCCUCGAGGUUUUCUCGACGAAGCGCCUCAACAUGUUCUUGGGAAUUCGAGAAGAUGAAGUGAAGCGUUUUCUACGUAAGUUAUGUGGUAAUCAUUAUAAGUUGGAAGAUGAUGAGUUUAGAGUAGUGGAAAUAGGACCAUUGUUGAAAGAUCUUACGUUGAAUAUUGUUAUGAGAAUGGUGAGUGGAAAAAUGUUUUAUGAAGAAGAUUCUAACAAGUUUAAAGAAAUUGUGACACAAAUUAUGGAACAUGCUGGAGGAAGUAAUCCAGGAGAUUUCAUACCUUUAUGGAAUUGGAUUGAUCCAACUGGUUUUAUGAAGAAGGUAAAGAAGCUUGGAAAGACAUCAGAUGAAUUUCUUCAACAGUUAAUUGAUGGGAUUAGGAAUCAAAAUGAUGGAGGAAACACUAUGAUUCACCAUUUACUUACCUUGCAGAAUGUUGAGCCUGAAUUUUACAAUGAUCAUGCGUUCAAAGCAAUCAUUCAAGAUAUAAUAUUAGCCGGAAUUGACACAUCAGCUAUAACUUUGGAGUGGGCACUAUCUCAAUUGCUAAAUAAUCCAGAGGUAUUAAAGAAAGCAAAAGAAGAGAUAGAUUGUUUGAUUGGGCAUGAACGUGUAGUUAGUGAAGCAGAUCUACCAAGUUUGAGUUACCUUCAAGGAAUAAUCUCUGAGACUUUACGACUUCAUCCACCUGCUCCUCUUCUCGUGCCGCAUUGUGCAUUAUUUGAAGAGUGCAAAAUAAAAAGAUACAAUAUUCCACGUGAUACAAUUGUAUUGAUUAAUGCUUGGGCUAUCCAUAGAGAUUCAGGUCUUUGGGAAGAUGCCACUAAGUUUAAACCUGAAAGGCAUAGUGUGAUUGAAAGUGAAUUAUAUAAAUUAAUACCAUUUGGAGUGGGGAGGAGAGCAUGUCCCGGUGCAGGGAUGGCACAACGAGUGGUUGGCUUAGCUUUAGCAUCAUUGAUACAAAGCUUUGAAUGGGAAAGAGUAGAUGACUCAUUGAUUGACAUGAGUGAAGGUAAAGGACUCACAAUGCCCAAAGCUCAACCAUUGGUCGCUAAGUGUAAACCGUGUCCAAUCAUGAAAAUCAUUUUGAAUGCACACACAGCAGCUAAUUAACAAAAUUUAUAUCUAAAGUAAGAUUAGCUGCUCAAUAAUAAUUUGUAUGGUUUUCUAUCUAUAUAUAGAAGUUAUACAUCGAACAUUCUCUCA